AGGACAGGAAGUGCUGUGUUAUCUGGCAUCCAUGUUUGCAGGCAUCGGAAUCAAGCCAGUUGUCUCAGCAAUUCAAAUCAGUAUUCUUUAGAGGAAUUCAAGUGGACAAGCUGGAUAUAACAAUGGAACUCAAGACAUACUGGUUAUUAGCGGUUGCCCUUUGUUUAGGAUUUUUCUGCUCACAAAGUGGAGGACGUCCACCAUAUGCAUGCCAAUGUUUAAUGGAUGCCAACGAGAGAAAGGAAUGUAAUUCCACUUCCAAAGGCAUCACUGCAGAGAAAUGCACAGCAAAUGGAUGCUGCUUUGAUGCAACCGUGCCUGAUGUCCCUUGGUGCUUUAGACCUUCUGGAGAAAGAGUUUCACUUUGCUAUGCAAAGAAAAUGAUUGUGCCUCAAGCAAGAACUGACUGUGGCUAUCCAGGGAUCUCUCGCAAGAGGUGCAAACGGAUUGGAUGCUGUUUUGAUCCACAGGCUUCUGGUGCACCAGUGUGUUUCUAUCCCCCAGUAAACAAUGUUUCCCAGCAUUGUGUAAUGGACAGGAGCGCAAGAGAGGAGUGUGGAUAUCCAGCCAUCACUGCUGAGGAAUGUCAAGCAAAAGGAUGCUGCUUCGAUUCUUAUGUUGUUAACACUCGAUGGUGCUUUCGCCCUCUGUCUGAAGCAGAACCUCCCAAGAUGUGUGGAAUGGCACCAAGGAAAAGAGUGCAAUGUGGAUACCCCGGCAUCUCUGCUGAUGAAUGUUUGGGGAAAGGAUGCUGCUAUGAACAUCACCAGUAUGCCAAACAUGUCCCAUGGUGCUUUGAGCCUUCAGCAAAGCAAGGGAAUUUUUCAGGAUGAAGAAAAAAAAUUAAAAGAUAUUUGGAAUGGUUGAGGAAGAUGCUUUGUGGAAUGAAGGGAACAGAAUUUCCUUCCCAUACAUUUUUCUCCUUGUAUUGCCAUUUUGUAUGUAUAAUGAGAAUGAAG